UAAUUAUCGGUAAUUAAUUAGCCUUAACAAAUUUGUAUGGGAAUAAUUGUUCGCGUCCGGGUAAGCCCCCCAUUAGCGAGCGGUCCUAAAAAAUUUUCGGCCCCAUUUAAGCACGUUUGAUUAGAUGAACAGUAACAAACUAAGAGCUAAAUACGGUAUUUUAGUUGGUUAAGGUUAGUUAGUUAGUAUAGGGGAUUUUGAAGAUGGCAGCUGUAUUUCCAAGAACAUGUUAUAAAUGUGGAGAAGUCGGUCACUUGGCUGAUAAUUGUCAACAAGAAGAAAGAUUAUGUUACAAUUGUCGUAAACCAGGUCAUGAAUCUACUGAAUGUCCUGAUCCAAAGCAAGCAACUGGUAAACAAUGUUAUUCAUGUGGUGAUGUAGGACAUGUUCAAUCUGAAUGUCCUACUUUAUCUCAAGGAUCUAAAUGUUAUAAUUGUGGACAAUUUGGUCAUAUUUCAAAGAAUUGUAAUGCCAAUGGAGGUUCUGCAACUACCACUACUACCACUAAAAGAAGAUCUGCACCUGCUAAAUCUUCUUCAAAUGGUACUACUUGUUAUAAAUGUGGUGGACCAAAUCAUUUUGCUAGAGAUUGUCAAGCUGGUAAUGUCAAAUGUUAUGCAUGUGGAAAGACUGGUCAUAUCUCAAAGGACUGUAAUUCUGCUGCUGGUGGUGAUAUUGCUUCAAGUAAAACUUGUUACAAUUGUGGUAAAACCGGUCAUAUCUCAAGAGAUUGUACCGCUUAAUCAACCUUUUUGAUUCUAAUUGUAAAAUAGAAGUUGACUUCUUACCUUAUUUAAUAUUUGUCUAAUGAGAUCAUGUUACUUUUUUUAACUGAUUGUUUGAUUUCCUAUAUUUAUCUAUGGGUUAAUCGUUAAUUAAGCUAAAUAAUUCU